AUGCGGCCCAGAGACCCUCGCAUUCGCCAAACCCUCAACCAGAUCUCCUCCAAUCUUGAGAGCGCAAACGAAACGGCCCAGGAAGGCAUCUACGCUUUUUCGCAGAAUUAUAUCUCGCCAUGUUUUGCCAGUAUUAGGAACUGUGUCUACGCAUGCACAGCGCCAUGUCUUCCUAGUCGUGAAGACCAUAUCCGGCGUCGACGACGGGGCCGGGCGGAGGCCAAUUUCGAUUUCUACGAUGAUUGGGAUAAUGAUAUUGCCAAUGAUAGCCUGUUAGGUUGGGGGUCUGAUGAGCUGGAUCGUUUGCUAGCUGGGAGUGGCCUUGCACGCGGGACUGCAGAGCAACCACACCGGCAGCGGAAGAUGAGUUAUGGGACGCGCGGUACCAGGAGAAAGAGCAGUGUGCUUGUACCUGAGAACAGAAAUGAUCCGACGGUAAUACCUAGCUCUUCGUUUUUGGGAUUUUUGGAACGUUUUCCUUGGAGAUUGGGUGCGCGGGGGCAGAAGUAUCGUCCAUCGGCUGCAGAUCUACAGGAGCAUCCCGGGGGGGUACGUCGCUUUGACCGUGAAGAAGAGCCAUUGCUUGAGGCUGGUGAGGGAUCUGAGGGUCCUGUUUCUUAUAGUAACGGCAGAGAUCGGAGCGCAACUCAGUCGUCGCGGGAAACUACCAACUCCUUGAGUUCCCGAGGUGAUUUGAUCAUGAGUGAUGAGGAAGAUGAUGCUGUGCCAUUAGAUGAUGAAUUUGCCUUGGCGUUGGGCCGUCGCGGAACAGGGUUAGAUUCUGAUGACCAGUCCGGGAGGAAAUCUUCGGUGAGAAGGUCUACUUCGGGGACUGUCAGUUCUACAACAGACGCUUCUUUGAAGGAACUACGAAUGAAGAGAAAGCGAGGUAGUCGCAUUCAGUCACCUCGAGUUAUUUCUGUCGAUGCGCAGACCCCUGAUACACAGUCACUAGAUGGCUUGAAGAAAGAGGAAGAGCAAGCUGCACUCAAAGAGGAGCAGGAGAUUUUUAGAAAACGGCUUGCUGCGCAGAGAUUGGCUUCAAAUCGUGGUCUCGAUCAGAACAACAAGUCAACAUCUCGUCCUUCUCUGUCUGGACGCUCUACAACCGUUUCGUCAGAUGCCCAAUAUGCGAACGCGGUUCAUUCGCCGCGGGGAUCAAUAAGCGACAGAAACUUGCCCGAUGAUCGUGAUAAUAUGCAAACCGAACCUUUUCCAUCUCUGCCCCAAACUCCGGUAUCGUCAACAGAUCAUGAAAUCUGGCCCGAUAUGAAGGCGUCAGACGACAAUCCGGGGUCCCCUUAUCCGAGCUCCGAUAGAGCAACCGACGGCUAA